AUGUCUUCCAACGACAGCACACAAUUCCACGCGCCAGAAUCACAACCUACCAAGCGGCGGUCGUCAUUUUCAGAAAAGCUCCACAAACUCAGGAUGGCUGUAUCGCCGACUCACAAGGCUCGAGAAGAUAUGGACAAGCUGAACCUCCCUCCUGUGAAAUUGGAGGCCCGGUAUGGACCGGAUGGUGAACCACUUCAACCGAAGAACAUGGCUGCCAAUGCCCAAGCUAUUGGAUAUGCUUGUGCUGGAGCAUUUACCUCGCCUGCAGUUGGUGGCUGUAUCGCUACCGAUGGCUGUGGAUGGCUUCUCGAGUUGUCGUCAGAUCGAAGGGCCACGAGUUUCUCUGGUCACGUCCCACACGAACACACAGGAGGCACGCUCCAUCAUCGGCUGGUUAAACCAAGAGCGAGCCCUCGGGAAAAGUUAUGA